CUGCUUUCAUCAAAGCUGUAUCAUUGCUCAUUCUUUCUUUCAACCACUAUGGUCAACUUGAAGCCAGACGAGUCUCUAGGAGAGGAGAGCCGUCCCCUUGGGGGCGUCACUCCCAAGUCCGAAUCAAAUGAGUCGUUAAAACCAGUGCUGGACGAUGCUCGGUCCACAGUGGGAAGCACAAUCGACCGUCUGGAUUCGGAACUCCAUGACAUCAACAAGAAGAUACACUCUCAUCCCGAGACGGCAUACCAAGAACACUAUGCCCAUGAGACCAUAACAGCCUUGCUUGAGCAGAAAGGAUACAACGUUAAGCGACAUACUUAUGGGCUCGAUACCAGCUUUGAGGCCGAAUAUGGUCAAGGAGGUCGCCUAAUCGUGGUCUGCUGCGAGUACGAUGCUCUUCCCCAGAUUGGGCAUGCAUGCGGACAUAACUUGAUUGCCACGUCUUCAAUCGCAACCUUCUUCGCCAUCGCAGAGAGCCUCAAAACCCACAAAAUCGCUGGACGUGUGCGGAUUCUUGGAACACCUGCCGAAGAGGGAGGAGGCGGAAAAGCGAAGUUGAUCGACGCCGGAGCUUUCUCGGACGAUAUUGCUGCAGCCAUCAUGGCGCAUCCCGUAUCUGAUCGACAAGUACUAAAAGUUCCUGGAAGUUAUACUGGACUUGCUGGUUUUCGCUUGAUUGCUUCUCACAAGUUUCGCACUGAGUUCCGAGGAAAGCCUGCACAUGCUGCCGGAGAGCCCUGGAAUGGCGUGAAUGCACUUGAUGCUGCUGUUGCUGCCUACACCAACGUUGCGUUGCUGAGACAGCAAAUGGAACCAGAUGAGAGAGUCCACGGCGUGAUCGAGCAAGGAGGAACAGUUCCCAAUGUCAUCACAGAAUACACCAAGAUGAACUGGAAUGUGAGAAGUCCAACUGCCGAAAGAGCCGACAAUUUGUUGAAGCGAGUAGAAGCUUGCUUGGAGGCUGCAGCAACUUCCACUGGGUGCAAAUUGAAUUAUAUCAAAUCCCCAACGUACCUUAAUCUUCGUUCGAAUCAGACACUAUGCGAAAGUUACGCCAAACACAUGGACGCUUUCGGCUCAAAGGUCUUGGUGAACCAAGAGAAGCCGAUGAACGCGUCGACCGACAUGGGAAACGUAUCGCACAAAGUCCCUUCAUUUCACGGCGCGUUUAUCAUUCCUGCAGAGCGCGACGUAGCAGCCCAUAAUCCAGGCUUCGCAGCUGCAGCAGGUACAGACGAAGCCCAUGCAGCUGCGUUGAAGUGCGCGAAAGGAAUGGCUAUGAUGGGCCUCCAGGUCAUACUGGAUGAUGAGACCGCAGCAGGAGCGAAGACUGAUUUCGAAAAGCCGGACGAUGAAUAGGCGCUAACAAGGUUGGAGUUGUAAAAAAUUGAUGGAUGAUUCCAACGAGGCUGAAAAUUCAGCUAUCAAGCUGACGACAGCGAUACUGUUUGUCGCCUUGAAGUUGCACUUACAAAUGCAUUACGAAUGUUACGCUGCUGAUGCUUAUGCUCAAGGCGCGGAAUUUUGUUUUAUCUAUUUCGUCAAAUAGUUGCCCUUAUCAGUAUAAGCAAACGGUAAUUAUCGACCCG